GAUGUUAGCCUUUCAGCAGUGGUGACUGAACUUGGUGAUUAUCACCUUACAUGAUUCCAAAUAAUUUUCAAAAGUGAUAAUCACCUUACGUGAUUCCACCCCAGGUUUGAUAUGUGAUUUGUUUCUCAAUAUUGCCAUAACUCCUAUUCUGUAUCUCCAACAAAUCCAAUCUGAUCUUAUAGACAAUCUGUGAAUGAAAGAAAAUAGAGUAAGAUAAAACAUAUCAGUUUCAAACAAUCAACCAAUUUUCAAUUUUUACACAAAAAUAUAUAAUCAAAAAACGUCUAAAAAUAGUACCUCAACGAACCACCCGAGCGCUUCGAUUUCCAGACCGGCUACCAACGAAAAACAUAACACAAUACUACCAAACAAGCGGCAGCCCAUUUGUGUAUAUGGUCAAGAAAAAAAACUUCUUCGGACUGAUAAUGCUCAACUGGACAUGCAACCACUUGCAGGCAGAUACGCAGUAAACAACCACUAGCGUAUCUUCACCACACAUUGGCCGUUGUGCGGAAGGUGUGUUUCAAGGCAAUGCAAAUUUGCGCAACAGAAAGUUGUUUAGUCAAGUUUCAUCGCUACUCGUAGUAGGGGAGAAUUUACAACCUACACAGCACGAAGAGGUCAGAUUAGUCCAAAAGUAAAUAUCUAUCGUGAAACCAUCGUACCCACGGCAAAAUUCUGCCCUGUCAUCAUCCACAUCGGGCAGAGAUCCGGCAAAUACGAUGGCCACCAGCGUGCAUUCGGCCAGUAUCGCGGAGGUUCAUGAAAUGCCAAUGGCAGUCAUAAACCGACCAAUACCGUCCGUACUCGAUGACAGCAAGGUGCAAUCACUGAUGGAAACGAUUCAGGAUCCAACCCAAUCGGAAACCGUCCCACCGAUAGACGUCCUAUGGAUCAAAGGUAGCGAGGGAGGCGAUUACUACUACAGUUUCGGGGGCUGUCAUCGUUUCGAGGCGCACAAACGGCUGGGCAAACCGACCAUUACGGCAAAGUUGGUCCAAUCGUCGCUGACCGAUUUACAGCACUAUUUGGGCGCAAGCUGCCCGAAACAGUUGAAAUAAUUGAGCUCUGUGGUUUUUUAUUUUCUUCGCCGAUCGAUAAGCUAAGUCACUUAUUAUUAGGGAAAUCGUUAAACCAGUUUUUAUUUUUUAUAAUCAACAAAAAAAUAUAUACCUAGUUAUGUACAUCUCCUUCGUGUAAAA